GUGCUGUUCACCUCGGGUAGAUAAAACGAUAAGAUAAGACAAGAAAUAGAAACCUACUCUUUGAGACGGACAAGCAUGCAUGUAUAAAAACGGUGAUAGCGAACCAUGAAUCAGAAGACGGCAAACCACGAAAGUAAUAUAGUGAAUAAGGACGCGCAAGGCUGGUGACUGUGAAUCACGCUUGAAUCACAUUUGUUCGGAACGGCGACACUUCAAGAGCUGGCACGUAGGUGAAUGAUCAACUAAUGGGUGAAUCAUUCAAUGGGUGAUGAAUCUUUACUAUGAAUUAUGGGGUCUGAAAAUAUCAUUCUGGUCGUAUUCUGUCAGUGAGAUGAGUAACAGGGAAAGUAUAACCGACACCAGCGAUGACGCACAGACCUUUCUCCAACGUGGAUCAUCAAUCACUCCACUCCACUUUAACAAAGCAGUCUGUACAUCUCUACAGGAAUCCUCCACAGACACACAGUCGCGGGGAAAAGAUCAUUCCAAAUUCGUCUUCAUAAAAUUACGAAAUUGCGCGCAACAUUCUACAGAAGCCCAGCUAAAAUCUUCACGAAGAGCGCGCCCGCGAUCACCUCCAAUUCGUCAAACACCAAUUCUACGUCUUACUUCCCUCACCACCAAAAAAUCAUGUCGAAUCAACCCACAGCACCCUCUUUACAAGUAGCAACACCCACGAAUGGUAGUGUGACAAUCACUCAGACGCCGUCCCAACCGUCCCUGCCAUCAGGGACUCUCCGCUUACGCGCCACCGAACCAGCAGAGCGGCGGCAUAUACAGUGGGCGGAGGAUGUAGUUGACAACGAGGGGAUGGGGAAGAAAUCCUCAAAAGUAUGCUGCAUAUACCACAAGCCCCGCGAAGUCGGCGAGUCCUCCGACGAAUCGAGUUCGGAUUCCUCGUCAUCGGACGAGAGCGACAGUGAGCCCGAUAACAGCACUGCCCGGCCCGCGGGUGGGAGGCGCGGAGGUCCAUCUCGAGGUCGUCGGCAACGGCCUGAACCGCAUAACCACGACCACGAACAUGAUGGUGAAGGCGAGUGUGAUCAUCCUCCGCAUGGUGACGAGGGUAGCGCGCCUAAGAAACCGCGCCGCCAACGGAGAAAACCGAGUCCGAAUGCGUAUGAGAAAAUGCCGAAGAAUCAGAAGUAGUGCUCCAUGCUAUUUCAUUUUUUUUUCGAGUUAGAGGGUCUGGGUACACUUACGAUGACAUUUUUUGCGAGAGGGGAAAGAAAUAAAAGGAACAGACGAUUGUAGACGAGGUGGUUGUGUGAGGGAAUGAGUGUCGGCAUGGACUUAUGAUUUUUACGAUGGAUGAACCUCGAUGGGAGAAAACAAACCACUAAACACGAUUUUCUUUCUUCUUUUCUCUUCCAUUCAGGGGCGCACAUUGGCGUAUUGCUUCAAUAUGCUACCUUUUCCUUUCUCCUUUCUUUGUUUUCUCACAAGCCUCAUGCGGUAGGACGACCGUUUUCUUCGUCGAAGACGAGAAACUUCAAAGCCUUUCCUCCUCCUCC